ACCUCUGUAAAGAUUCUUUUCAUCUUUAUUAUCUCUCUGGCAUCUAAUUUCACUUUUAACUUCAAUGCCCUCUCUCUCUCCACUGCAGAGACUUAACUCCAUUACAUGAGAGAGAGAGACAAGCUCUUCUGUUCAUUUAUAAAGAGACACCAAAUCUUAAAUAAACAACUUUAGGGAUAAAGUUGUGUUUUCUAUUACUCUUUCCCUCUUCUUCUCAAUCUCUCUUUGCCUUUAUCACAAAGAAAUGUACAAGAAUCAGCUGCAAGAGCUAGCACAGAGAAGCUGUUUCAACCUCCCAUCAUAUACUUGCACAAGAGAAGGACCAGAUCAUGCUCCAAGAUUCAAAGCUUGUGUAAACUUCAACGGUGAAAUAUUUGAAAGCCCUACUUACUGUUCCACACUCAGACAAGCUGAACACUCAGCUGCUGAAGUUGCUCUCAUUGCUCUCUCUUCGAAGGGCCCUUCAAAGUCUCUAACUGCUAGAGUUCUUGAUGAGACAGGGAUCUACAAGAACCUGCUUCAAGAGACAGCGCAUAGAGCUGGUCUUGAUCUACCGGUUUACACAAGUGUGAGAUCAGGACCUGGUCACAUCCCAACGUUCUCUUGCACUGUGAAGCUUGCUGGAAUGAGUUUUAGUGGAGAGUCAGCAAAGACCAAGAAGCAAGCUGAGAAGAAUGCAGCAAAUGCAGCUUGGUUCUCCUUGAGAAGAAUGCCAAGCUUGGACUCUCCGGUAGAGAAGAGAGGUGAAGAGAAAGAAAGAGAGGUAGUUGCAAGAGUCCUCUCAAGGUUUAGACCCAAAGAAGUGAGAAGAAGGGAGCCUAAUCAGUCAAGAAGAAGAACAAAAGACAAAACAACCACAGGAGACUUGAUGUCUGAGAAGCUCAGAUUGAUCAACCCGUACACCAAUGAACCUUCAUCAUCAAUGAAACACCACCAAACACUACCACCGAGGUUCCGGCCAUCGAAGUUUGAAGAACAUGCAGGGAUAAAAGAGAGCAUAGAUGACUCAAAGACAGAGAUGAUGAUAUCCAAGUCGUUUCCUUUGCCUAUUACUAACUCAAUAUCGUCUUCAUCAAUGGAGAGAAACUGUUACAGCAAGCUCUUGCCCUUUCCUGAAAUGUUUCAGAAGCUCGCUCCAGCUGUUAAUAUUAGAUCAGUGAUCCCAGUUUGCUCAGCUCCUCCACCAAAACCUAAUCCAAUCAAACACAUCACUUAGUCUUCCUUCUGCUCCAAGCGCACUGGGAUCAGAAUCAAAAUCUUGACGGAACCCAUGAUUAAAAGGUCGUAUCUUUAGAUAAACCCAUGUUAAGGAUCUGUAUAUUUGUCGUGUUCCUGGUCUUUUUUUUUCUUUUUUGAAAUUUGACGGUCUGACAUCACUUCAAUGCUCUGUAUUGCACGUAGAACAGAGGAAAAUAACAGAGUCAUCAGAGAGUGAAAGUGAGUCAAUAAAUGUAGAGGAGGGAGAGAGGAUAAGAAGAUGAAAUAAAAACAAUCAAUGGCAUUUGUUUUUCGCCAUUAA